GCCAACAAGAUUAGAGCAUUUAAUUUGCAUAAAAUAGACAAGAAGUAAAAUGUAUUCAUUAUAGAAUUAAGUUUAGACAAUUAUUCUCUAUUGGAAAAUCUAAGAAAAUCAACUCAAAAUUUCAGUUCCCUUGGCUAAAUCUCUUGAACCAUUAGGGCUUAUUAGGGGCUAUCAAUCAAUCUCAUUGAUACAAUUGAAUCAUCAAAAACAUUAAGAGUUCCCUGGGAUCAUUAACUUAAUUACCUUGAAUGACAAAUCAAUGAUCAAUAAUCAAUUUGUAUUAAAAUUUAGCAACAAUAAGAAAUCAAAUAUUGUCAUAAUAAAUCAUGAUUUAAUGUUUUAUCAAAGUUUAAUUCCUCGAUUUCUUUAUCAUUCACAUUACAUCUAAGACUCAUGAAAUUAUUCCUAUUCCAUUAUCAUGAAUUUCAAUUAUUUGAGAAGAUUGAAAUGUUACCUGGUGACCUUUUACCUUUACAUCAAAUCUUUUUUCAAUCCACCAGAAAAUGUGACUGAUGAGACAAUCAAAUUGCUCGAUCAACUUGACUGGUUUUCAUUUGUAUUUCUUAGUUCUCGACGAGGAUUCUCACAGAAACUUGACCAACCGAUUUCAUUUAGAACUCAAUUUGCUCACAAUUUAUUUCGAAUUACUUAUUGUAUCGUUUUAUUGAGAAUCGUUAGCUUAAUAUUCAUCAAAAAUCAUUUCUAUCGGAUGAUUGCUGGCGAUCUGAAUAUUGAAAAUCACGAUUAUGUUUUGUUUUUCUUGGCACUUUGGUUGGCAAUCUUACUUGUUUUACGCGAAUACGUACUUCACCUCGAAGAGAGAGGAGUUUUUAUCGUACUUAAGAAAUACAUUCGCAUGCAGAUCAAUGGAUUUUCAGCUGAUACUUUGAACUCUAGUGAAUCGCGAGUUAGAACAUACAAAGUUCGAUUCUAUUUUGUAUUAAGAAUUUACUUUGUUUUCAUAAUAGUCGCACUCACGGUCAUCCCUGCGAUUAUUGUUAUGGUUCGAAUCACUGAUCCAGCAACGUUUUCGACUCUCUCUUGGAUUAUUUCAUCUUUCUUUUGGGGUACGAUGGAAAUACUAUCAAUAUGUACAGUUGCAUGUGCAUUAUCAACGAACGGGAUAAGUUUGAUAAUCAUCAUUUUAACUAAUUACUUUCAACUAUCAAGCUUAAAUAGAUUGUGUUCAUCGUGUGCUAAACAUGGGGGACAUUUAAAUCGCGAUUUCAUGAUGAAAACUUUAACUCAUCGAGCGAUCAAAUUUUCUAACGAGUUUAUCGAGCUUAAUAAUGACCUUAAAUAUUGCACUUUGUUGUUUAUGAUUUUUUGCUCAUUUCUUGCGGAUUUAUUCAUGAUUUUAAGUUUAAUCAUUCCAGUGAUUUCAGAUUCGUUCUCAUAUUACCUGACAACCAGUGGAGUGAUUACGAUAAUCAAUGUAGCUGUGAUAAUGUUUUUAGCUGCUGAUUUUCAUUCAAUGGUAAACUCAAUAAAUAACCAAAGGACAAAUGAUAUUCAAUAACUGAAUUUUGAUUGUCUAAUUUAGGCCCAAAAUCUUCAUUUCGCUUUGACCAAACUUUUGAUUCGUUCAAAAACUCGUAUUGGAACGAGUUUCAAGACGAUGGUGCUACUUGAUCGUCUCAUGUACCCUGAUAUUUGUGUUGUUGUUGGUGAUUGGUUCAUAUUUGAAAAACAAACCACAAUUUUUGUGAGUAAAUCAAAAGUUAAUUUUCGCUUAACAAUUAACUCACAUGAGAUUACGUUUUAACUCGUUUCAGUUUAUCCUCGAAAACAUAAGUAUUGUUAUGCUUCUCACUGUAAAUCUCAAUUCAGUUAUGAGAUAUUAACGAUCUGUAUCUGUAUUUAAGCUAAUUUAUAUAUAAAGUUAUGUGUUUGGUUUUUAUUUAUCUCAUGAAAUGUCGCACGAAAAAUAUUCAGGCCCAGUGAUGAAGAUAUCGACUUUUGGCUGCUCUUUCGCAAUUCAAUCUCAAUCGCGAUGGAAUCAAUAAUAAAUUAAGAAAAUCAUUGAUUCUACAAAAUUCGUGAAUAAAAUGAAAAAAAAUAAAAAUUUCACGAUUGAUAAAUAAUAAAUAAAUUUUAUUUGGUCG